CAGCUGGCCUGAACCAGGAGGCAGACAGAGGGGGGGUCACACACUGGGAUGUGAGGGGGAGUGCAUGGAUCUACUGGACCAGCUCUGUCAGACGCCAUCCUGGGCCAUUUGCUGUUUGGCAUGCUCCAUCUCCCUGGCAGGGCAGACACUCUCUCUCUUCCAGCCCUGCUAGCUGCUGGGUAACGCAGGCUUUGAGGAGAGAGAUCUCCGUGGACGCCGCCACCUCCUCACUUCCCAACAUUCCUUGCCUGGGAUCCCUGUGGCCCUGAAACAGUCCAUUGACCUGCGCACAUCCAUGGACGGGAAGUACAAGGAGAUCGCCGAGGAGCUGUUCUCGCGCAGCUUGGCAGAGAGUGAGAUGCGCAGCGCCCCCUAUGAAUUCCCUGAGGACAGUCCCAUCGAACAGCUGGAGGAGAGACGGCACCGCCUGGAGCGACAGAUCAGCCAAGAUGUCAAGUUUGAACCUGACAUCCUAUUACGAGCCAAACAGGAGUUCAUGAAAACAGACAGCGCCACAGAUCUUGAAUACAUGAAAGAGCAAAACCAGGCUCCUGAUCUGCAGGAGAGGGAGCUGACUUCAGAGAAAGAGUACCAGCGAGUCACCAUCUCUGGAGAGGAGAAAUGUGGGGUUCCCUUCACAGAUCUGCUGGACGCUGCCAAGUGUGUGGUGAAGGCUCUCUUCAUUCGAGAGAAGUACAUGAGUCUGUCGUUGCAGAGCUUCUGCAGGACCACCGCCCGUUACCUGCAGGAGCUGAGCGAGAGGCCUCUGGACAUAGGCGUCUACGAGGAGGAGAUCCCAGAGACCACGGUCACUGCUGAUGCCACAGUGCACCCACCUGUCUCUGAAACACACCCCUAUGAGACCCAGGACCCCGCCAGCAUGCCCCCUGACAUGGGUUAUGGCUGCAAGAUGGUGAACGGUGUUGUGCAUGUGUACACAACAAGGAGCGUAAUGGACAUGAGCACAGAGCUGGACCUGCCCUAUCCAGAUCUGCAGGAAUACAUUGCUGACAUGAACGUCAUGAUGGCUCUAAUCAUCAACGGACCAGUAAAGUCCUUUUGCUACCGUCGUCUGCAAUACCUGAGCUCCAAGUUCCAGAUGCACAUCCUGCUCAAUGAGAUGAAGGAGCUGGCGGCACAGAAGAAAGUCCCGCAUCGAGACUUCUACAACAUCCGUAAGGUGGACACACAUAUCCACGCAUCGUCCUGUAUGAAUCAGAAGCACCUUCUUCGUUUUAUCAAAAGAGCCAUGAAGAAAUAUCCCACAGAGAUCGUUCAUGUGGAAAAAGGAAAGGGUCAGACGCUGAUGGAGGUGUUUGAGAGUAUGAACCUAACAGCUUUUGACCUGAGCGUGGAUACCCUGGACAUGCACGCUGACCGCAACACUUUUCAUCGCUUUGACAAGUUCAAUGCCAAAUACAACCCCAUUGGCGAGUCAAUCCUGAGAGAGAUCUUCAUCAAAACUGACAACUAUGUUGAGGGGAAAUACUUUGGUCACAUUAUCAAGGAGGUUAUGGCUGACCUGGAGGAGAGCAAGUACCAGAACGUGGAGCUCAGGCUGUCCAUCUACGGGCGCGCCAGAGAUGAGUGGGACAAACUGGCCAAGUGGGCCGUCAAGCAUCGGGUCUACUCAGACAACGUGCGCUGGCUUGUCCAAGUGCCACGACUCUUUGACGUCUACCACACAAAGAAACAGCUGUCCAACUUCCAGCAGAUGUUGGAGAAUAUCUUCAUACCUUUGAUUGAGGUUACAAUCAACCCGGGCAGUCAUCCUGAGCUGCACCUCUUCCUUCAGCAUGUCGUGGGUUUUGACAGUGUGGAUGACGAGUCGAAACCAGAGCACCACAUUUUCAACCUGGACAGUCCUCUGCCGGUCAACUGGACCGAAGAGGACAACCCUCCGUAUUCUUACUACCUCUACUAUAUGUAUGCUAACAUGACCGUGCUGAAUCACCUGCGCAGGCAGCGGGGGUUUCACACACUUGUACUACGUCCCCAUUGUGGUGAGGCAGGACCAAUCCAUCACCUCGUGUCUGGUUUCAUGCUGUCAGAGAACAUCUCCCAUGGGCUGCUACUCAGGAAGGCUCCCGUUCUGCAGUAUCUGUACUACUUGGCCCAGAUUGGCAUCGCCAUGUCGCCCCUCAGUAACAACAGCCUGUUCCUCAGCUACCAUCGCAACCCUCUGCCGGAGUACCUGUCCAGAGGCCUCAUGGUCUCUCUGUCCACAGACGAUCCCCUGCAGUUCCACUUCACCAAGGAGCCCCUGAUGGAGGAGUACAGCAUUGCAGCCCAGGUGUGGAAGCUGAGCUCCUGCGACAUGUGUGAGCUGGCCAGGAACAGCGUGCUGAUGAGCGGAUUCUCUCAUAAGACCCCUCUUCUCCCCCAGGUAAAGAGCUACUGGCUUGGCCCACACUACAACAAGGAGGGACAGGAAGUCAACGACAUCAGGCGCACCAACGUCCCUGACAUCCGCGUGGCGUACCGCUACGAGACCUUGUGUGAGGAGUUGAAUUUAAUCACGCAGGCCAUCCGCACAGAUGAGCUGGAGACCAUCGAGGAGGAGGGCAGCCUGUGCAUGGGAUCUGUGCAGGGAGAGAAGUGAGGGCGCGGCGCAACACAGGAGAAAUUCAAAUUAUAUCCCCUAUUUUCACACUGGGACUUUAUAUGGAUUUGGGAACAUAUCUCGCCUUUGAAAAGAAAAAAACUUUGUUACAAAAAGACUGUGAGAGUCGAGUGUGGCAAUGUGAGAGAAGACCUACAAUCUGUGUACCCAAGUGUUUAUUUUGUUUUGUUUUUACUUUGUUUUAUUGAUUUACUCUUUGUUACAGAUGAAUUUGUCACGGUGAUUUCAUUAUGGUUGUUAAUCUAUUUAUUUGAAAGUGAUUAUUUUCAUUGUAUGUGGCCACAUUCUGUCAGUGUUUAUGUACAAAGUUUGAUAUGUGUUUUCUAUAGGCAGUCAUGGACAAUAACAUAUCCUUAUUUCAGCGCUCACCAUCUUGACAUUCUGAUGAAAAUGAUGCAUGGGACAUCACACACUGACUAAUGGAGUGACAGGAGAAAAUAUCUGAAUAACAUGUCCAAGAAAUUUGUAGCAUAAGAGCCUCUAACUCUGCACCAAAUCGCUGGCCUUUUCGCUGAAAGUUGUUGGACUUGUGAGCCCAAUAAUGUGCGAGAAUCAAGCCUACAUUUAAUUCUCAAAUUAAAACCACACAUAUUUUUGUUUCUGGCAAGAGCCUCCUCUGAAACCAACCACAGGACAAUAGAUGUACCUCAUACUGUAUGUCUGGGAGAGAGAGAGAAAAAAAGCAUUUCUCCUAACAUAUCUGCUACUUCAUUAUUGUUGCUGCUGGUGUCAGUUUUUAUUACCAUCCUUUGCACAAGCUGCUCCUUGCGUGUAUCUAUAUUCUUGCUAUUUUUCAGUCUCUACAGUGGUUUCAAUGGGGUUGCAUGAAGGCACGUCACCGUGUUUAUUUCUGGUGUAACACUGCCGCUCCGGUAACAUUUGGCUCUGACUCAUUUGUAGUAUCUGAUUAUAGUGACUCUCAUCUUGUGACAUGGUUACUUUGAACUAACCCAUGUGUGAUAUCGAUCCCGUGGAUACAGUUUUAAAUGUAUGGCUGUCAUUGCGAACAUUUCUGAGUCAUACUACAGUGAAUGGUGCAUGGUCAGUUCCUCCAUAUUUCACUCCAUAAAGUUCAACCAGUGCCAAAAACCUGACGAUUUGAACAGCUGACCUUUUUCGAGAACUUGCAUAAUGGAGGUGAGGGUCAGCGAACUUACAAAACCCUUUUGUUUCCUUCCCUGCAAACUCAUGCCUUUGGUUUCCAGUCCUGAAUAUCAUUACUUGUUGCCUCUCCAAAGCAUUGUGUCCCCCCACUGACUUUUAUGUGCUGUUUGUGAUAUAUUAUUCCAUGACAUAAUUGUGUCUGAGAAAAAUAAAAAUGUCUCCUUCACCUUGCA